AAUUCCCCCCACGGACUGCCCGAUGGUUUUCGCUCGCCGACGGCUCCUCCCUCGCGCUGUCGCCGCGUUUGGAGGCGGAGCAGCUCUAGCUUCCUUCGCAGCCAGUGGCGCACUAGCCUCGCGCACAGCAGAGUGCAAGACGGAGGGCACCCCGUGGUCAAAGGUCAAGGAGGAUCUUGCAGCGCUGUACGAGGACGAGGAUGCCCUCAAUCCCUCAGUGGACGCGGCUGACGGCGCCAAGGGGGGCGGCGGCUACGUUGCUCCGAUGAUGGUGCGGCUCGCAUGGCACAGUGCCGGCUCGUUCAGCGCCAAGGACGGUUCGGGCGGCACGGAGGGCGGGACCAUCCGCUUUGAGCCAGAGAUCAACCACGGCGGCAAUGCGGGCCUCUGCCACGCGCUCAAGCUGCUGGAGCCAAUCAAGAGCAAGUACCCGGCCGCGUCGUGGGCCGACCUGAUCGUCUGCGCCGGCGCCGUCGCCAUCGAGUCGAUGGGUGGGCCAGUCAUCGGGUUCCGUCCAGGGAGGAGCGAUGCGCCGAAGCCAAACGUGGCGCCGGCGAGCGACAAGCGCUUCACUCCAGACGACCGGCUGCCCGACGGCGCGCUCGGCGCCGCCCAUCUCCGCGAUGUGUUCUAUCGGAUGGGCUUCGACGACCGAGAGAUCGUGGCGCUCUCGGGCGCGCACGCGGUGGGCCGCUGCCACACCGACCGCUCCGGUUUCUGGGGGCCGUGGAAGUACGGCGAGAACGCAUUCUCCAACGAGUACUACACGUUUCUGCUCGAGAAGACGUGGACGCCAAAGACCACGCACGGUGCCCCCUCAGCGCACUGCCCCGUCGCCGGUUCGUGGAAGGGUCCGAUGCAGUAUGAGGCGGACGGCGGCGCACUGAUGAUGCUCCCGACCGACGUGGCCCUCAUUAAGGACGCGGCUUUCAAAAAGCACGUCGAGGCGUACGCCGCCGACGAGGAGCUCUUCUUCCGCGACUUUGCGGCCGCGUUCCUCAAGCUGCUCGAGAAUGGGUGCGACCUGAGCAAGGAGGCGUUCGUCUAGCGCGAUGGUGAUGGACGGACGGUCGCGCACAGCCCGCAGCAGCGGCCAGAGAGCGGAGGUUGCUGCAGGAGACAGGCUGAAGACGCCACGCUGCGCGCCGCUCUCGCCAGCACCCGCGAGCGCCGGAUCCUCACGGAUGGUCGUGGCAGCGCCAAUCUGCUGCCGCCAGCGGAGUCUGGUCUGGCCGCAGCCGGCGCAAGCGGCACGCGCGGAGAGCGACAGCAACGUGGAGCAUCGCACGCCCGCGACGUGCGUUCCGUCUGCGUAUACGAUCGAGAAGUUCGAGCCCGUGGGCCGACAGCUUCGGGCGCUGCGGCCUGACAGCGAGAGGCCAGGCCCUCGUCCGAGCCCUCUCGCUGGAAGCCAGGUGAGAGCAGAGCCUGUGUCGACCAGAGGGCGAAAGGAGGCCACCCCGCCGGCGGCGAGACGCAGGCGCAGGCCGCCGCCCGAGUCGACAAGCCUCACCACGAGAGGGUGCUCGCUAGACAUCACGACACGCGAAAGAAGCGCCGACACGUUCGCGAGGGGGAGCUUGAGCGUCGGGUCGCGCGAAGGGUUCGAGACGUGCAGUGGCUUGGUUCUCGACCUUCUCGAGG